AUGUCUGCGCCGUCCAACUUCGAACCUGUCUCACCUAUCGACCUCACCGCCGACUCCAGACGUCCUCGUCGCAGCCUGGGCUUCAAUAUCAGCGCUGAAGACCUCGACGAGAAAUCCGAAAUCAAAGCGACGACCCGAUCGAUACGCACAAAUUCAACAGCGUCUACGCGUUCCUCCACGGCUGGGGGUACCCAACCCGUGGUGAGGCGAGCUCGCUUCGCCGAAGCCACGACCGUCUUUUCACCCGCCUCUGGCCCUGGGGAGCACCAGUCGCCGUUUGCUGAUCCGUCGUCCAAGAUGGAGAGCGCCAGCACGAGUCAAGCCCCGAAGCCGUCGGACGUUGGGUUCGGCUACAUUUCAGACAAUCAGCCCGUGGAACAGAAUGUAUACAUCACUUCAGAUCCCAACGGUUCAGCGGGACAACCACUCAAAUCCGCACUGAAGACACCGGGCACGGCAUCCAGAAUGCUGAAUCCUUUGUCGCCCACAUUCCGAGAAGAGCAGCUUUUGGAAAAGGAAGAACUGAAGACUGAGAUCCAACAGGCUAACGAUUUGAAAGUCAAAACUCGCGUCCGCAUGGCCAAGAUGGUCCUACGAGGCGUCAACUUCUCCUGCUCACUCAUCGUCCUCGCCAUGCUCUCUACCGUGCUCACCAUCUUCCACGCCACGAGGAACCUCCCCAACCGCAACAACCUGCCCGCCUGGGCCCCGAAACAGAAGAUCUGGCCACAGAUUGUCGUCCUCAGCAUUGCCUGUGUGUCCCUGUUGUUUUCCAUCAUUGUCAUCUUGGCUUAUUGCAGGGGCGGGCACCGCCGGGCAGAGAAAGUCGCCGUUUAUUACACCAUGUUUGCGGUCGGCUGGUUCAUGUUCAGCAUCGUCAUGUGGCUCGUCGGCGCCGGCAUCUUGCAUGGGAGUAAAUCCUCGGGUGGUGGACAGGAUCUCUGGGGCUGGUCUUGCAAGGACAACAAGCGACGCCAGCUCUUCCAGGAUGACGUCCACUAUGCUUUGGUCUGCCGCCUGCAGGAUUGGUCGCUCAUCUGCUGCAUCAUCGAAGUCGUCGUCGAAGUGCUUGUCAUCGCCAUCUACGGCAUCGUGUUCUACCGAUUCUGGUCCAAGAACCGUCUGCGAAAGUCCAUGGACGCACGAGACCGCGCUCGCACCGAUCUUUACCUUGCCCAGCUGCGAACCCAGUCUGCGCCCAAUACACCGGGCUUUGCUCAGACUCCUCGCACACCUGGAUUCCCUACCAUGGUCAAGACUCCCAUGGACGCCUACUCGGCUGCUGAGCAGGGAUCAAGCCCCACUCAAUUCGUCUCGCCUCAUUCCGCCACCAGUAACACGACAGCCUCCCCAUUCAAGUUACAAGCGCCACCUAGCCGCUUUACAAAGGCGACGCCCACGACCAAUACAGUAGAAGUCCUCCCAUCUCCGUCACAGGAGAGAUCAGCCAUGUUCACAAGUCCUUCGCCGCCGCCCGCAAGGGCGAUGAGCCCGCCCAUGUCGCCCCCGCCAGAGGAGAGAUUCCACGCACACGUGGCUGCGGCGCCGGGUGAGCAGGUAUACGAAGCCGUCCCCAUUCCGGGGGCCAACUAUAUCCCUCCGAGCCAGCAACACCCUGGGCAGGCGUUCUGA